AUGAGAUCAACACAACGAGCAAGUGCACGUCACUGUGUCGGCAUAGACAAAAUCCAAAAUGUACUUGCAGUAUGGUUGGAUAAUAAUAUCAAUAAUAGCAGUGCUGAUUGUCGAAAUACAACGUCACAACUUCAACGAGCUAUUCAUGAUCUACAUAUUUACAAAGACUAUGACGCAUGUAUCGAUUUUAUCGAAACUAUCGAAGAUCGUAAGAUUUGUCUAAUUACAUCUGGUUCACUUGGUCAACAGAUCUUAUCUCGAGUGCAUGACAUGUCUCAAAUAGAUUCUAUUUUUGUUUUUUGUGGUAAUAGACAGCGACGCGAGCAAUGGACUGGUGAGUGGCCUAAAAUAAAAGGACUUUUCACAGAUAUUAAAUCUAUUUGUGAUGCUCUUAAGCAAGCAGUUCGACAAUGUGAGCAAAACGCCAUAUCCAUUAGUUUUGUCACAAGUGAUAAACGAUUGAAUCAGCUGGAUCCUUCUUUCAUGUAUACACAAAUAUUCAAAGAAAUAUUGUUGACCAUUAAAUUUGAUGAUACAUAUAUGAAACAAUACGUGAAUUACUGUCGCGAAGUGUUCGUAGGCAAUAAAGCGGAGCUGAAGAAUAUCAAACGAUCCAAACGAAAAUAUCACAGAAAAACACCGAUCUGGUGGUAUACUCUUGAAAGUUUCUUGUAUCCUAUGUUGAAUCGUGCGAUACGAUUAAUGAAUGGCGACAUCUUAACAAGAAUGGGCUUCUUCAUCAAUGAUCUGCAUCAACAAAUACAACAACUACACCAAGAACAAAAUAUUACUGAAAUCUUUACAGUUUAUCGUGGACAAGGUCUAUCCAAGGACGAUUUUGAGCAAUUACAGCAGAACAAGAAAGGAAUAAUGUCAUUCAAUAAUUUUCUCUCAACUAGUAGAUUUUACGACAUCGCAUUUAACUUUGCACGAAAGAAUGCAAACAAUCCUCAUUUGAUGGGAAUUGUUUUUGUCAUGGAAAUCAAUCCGACGCAAUCAACAAUAUCAUUCGCGUCGGUCCGAAACAUCAGUGCUAUCGCACAGGAGGAUGAAGUAUUAUUUUCUAUGCAUAGUGUAUUUCGAAUUGAUGACGUCAAACAAAUGGGUGACAAUGCGAAAAUAUUCGAAGUUCAUUUGACACUCACGAAUGAUAAGGAUAAACAAUUAAAUGAGCUUACCGAACGCAUGCGAGAAGAGAGCUUUCCCGACGAGGACGGAUGGUAUAGAAUGGGUCUAUUGCUGGAAAGAGUGGGCCAAAAUAAUAAAGCUGAAGAAGUCUACCAAAUGUUACUUGAUCGAGAAACAAAGAAAAGUGGAAAAGCAUUAAUUUACCAUCAACUUGGUUCAAUUGAAUAUAAUCGAGGAGAAUACCAGAAAGCAAUCGGAUACUAUGAAAAAUCACUUGCUAUCAAUGAAAACAGUCUUUCUUCCACUGAUCCCGAAUUAGCCAAAUCGUACAACAACAUCGGUAAUGUUUAUUUUAAUGUUGGUGACCAUCGAAGAGCGCUCCAAUCUCACGAGAAGGCACUUGCUAUUUUGCAACGAGCACUUGUUCCAAAUCAUCUAACACUGUCUUCAUUAUACAACAACAUCGGUGCCGUAUAUUCGAUGACGGGUGACUGUUGCAAGGCACUUUCAUACUAUGAAGAAGCACUUGCGAUUCAGCAACAAUCGCUUCCUCCCACUCAUCCUCAUUUAGCAAUGUCACACACCAACAUCGCCAAUAUGCACAACACGAUGUGUGAUUAUAGAAAAGCACUUGCGUCUUAUGAAAAAGUCCUUGUACUUCAACAACAAUCGCUGCCACCAAACCAUCCUGAUUUGGCGAUGUCACACAAUAACAUUGGUGUGGUGUAUGAUAAUAUGAAAGAUUAUUCCAAAGCUUGUGCAUAUUUCGAAUGUGCUCUGCAAAUCGCACAUCAAACAUUACCUUCACAUCAUCCCAAACUUUACGAAUACAAAAGUAAUCUUGAACACGCGAAAACGAAAUGUUGA